ACACACGGCGAAGAUCGAAAUGGCCGCCAGACAGAUGAGGCGAAUAUUAAGAGUAGCAGCUUUGCCUGUGUUAGGAUCAGCUGGUUUAGCUCUUGGUUUACCAGUGGUGAAGGCUGACGCUGUUACUAAUCCAGGGGAAGCCAAACGACAGGGAGUUCUACCCAGGAAUCUAUCCAUAUAUGAUGAUGCACAAGUGGAGUACCAGAUCAAUCCAGUUGAUACCAGUGGGUACUUGUAUCAGGCAGUUUCUAUUGUCCGGCAGAAUGUGUGGACAGUUUCUGAUUCUGUUCAGGGUGCAGUAGAGAAGGUCAAACAAGCCUACAAAUUUGCCGAACAGAAAGAAAAAGAUAUUGUUGAGUUUGUCAAGACAGAGGAAGGCUUCUACCAAAGAGCAGGAGUUAUCACCUUGGCUGGUCUUACUGGAGUUGUUCUAGCAAGAAAAGGAGGGAUGCUGAGGAAGAUUUUUUAUUCUGGUGGUCUGAUGACAGCGACUGCCUCUCUCUGCUAUCCGUACCAGGUUGUUAGGAUAACCAAAGCAGAGUAUGAAGCAUUGAAAACAUUCUGGAGUGACAGUGUUGGGAGUGGAGUGGCUGAACGAGUCAAGGAAAGAAUGAGUGGAGCCAUUGCAAAGAAACAAACCGAAGAACCAGUUAUGUCCAAUCAAGAAGACACGCCCACACCUGGUGAUGAUGUCACAGAAACAGCGCCCUCUACAGAUGCUGUAGAGUUGCAGGCUGACCAUGGAAUGUCAAACCCCGAAGAUAAAGACAUGUACACAACGAGAACGUGAUGGUUGCUGAAAUCAUUCAAAUAAAAACAACUUUUAGAUUAAAGGCACUGGACACCUUUAGUAAUUGUCAAAGACCAGUAUUCUCAC